AUGUCCGUACAGUUCACCGAACAACAACUCAAUCCCUGUCGCCCCGUCCCUUUCGUCUUGCAAAACUGUUUGCCUACAAACAACUCAUACGGAUGGUCUCCAACCACUGCGUACUCUCUCCCACAGCCCAAAAACGUCUAUUCUCCUCUUUUAGUAGUCACCCCUAUGGAUACCCCUAUGGUGGAAGAUGACUCUGAAGAGCUUAAGUACAACCCUCCAUAUUUGGAACAAGACGUCUUUGCCUUUGACGAACAGAUGGAUGGCACUAAGAGUAACCUCCCUUCAAAAAAGUGCCAGGGAUACACCGGUAACAUCGGUAUUACAACGUGUCGACAUACCACACAGAAGAAUGGAUCGGGGCCUAUUUAUUUACACACCGUGCAGAGUUCCAAGUUGAACAACGACAAAAUCACUGUUCAAGACUUUGGUGCCCAAGAGGACUUUGUCGACGACGAGGACUCUCAAGGGUUCGAAGAAGACCAAGACGAUAUGGAAGACUCAGACGACCAAAAUGAAAACAUUCAGGAGGUCAUCGAUAAACUUGAAGAACUUAAGAAGAUGGGAGAUGAAAGAAAUCGACUGUUGAAACACAUGAUACAAGGACAGCAGUAA